AUGGCUUUCGCGUGUAAUGGCAUUCGCGCCGUUCGAGGGCUACGACAUGCGGAGCAACAUGAGCUACACGACGCGCCUCUUCACGGAGGAGGCGGUGGACCGCAUCCGCCGCCACGACGCGCGCCAGCCGCUCUUCCUGUACCUGGCGCACCUGGCGGUGCACGCCGCCAACUACGAGUCCGUGGCCCGCUUCGCGCACAUCGCCGACCCCGAGCGCCGCCUCUACGCAGCAAUAAUAAUAAUAAUAAUAAUAAUAAUAAUAAUAAUAAUAAUAAUAAUAAUAAAGAAAUAUUAUACCUCUCGGGUGUUUCAUGA